GCAGGUUGUUCCGCCGCCGCCGACAGGCCGGAACUCCUGGGGCUCUCGUGUCUGUCGGUGCGCCGAGCUCAGUCGCGACCAUGGGGAUCCUGGAGAAGAUAUCCGAGAUCGAGAAGGAGAUCGCUCGGACGCAGAAGAACAAGGCCACUGAGUAUCACCUGGGCUUGCUGAAAGCAAAACUCGCCAAGUAUCGGGCCCAGCUCCUGGAACCAUCCAAGUCGGCCUCAUCCAAAGGAGAGGGCUUCGAUGUCAUGAAGUCAGGCGAUGCCCGUGUGGCACUGAUUGGAUUUCCCUCUGUGGGUAAGUCGACCUUCCUGAGCCUAAUGACCUCCACCGCCAGUGAAGCUGCAUCCUACGAAUUCACAACCCUGACGUGCAUCCCCGGCGUCAUUGAAUACAAAGGGGCCAACAUCCAGCUCCUGGACCUUCCUGGAAUCAUUGAAGGCGCAGCACAAGGGAAAGGCCGUGGCCGGCAGGUGAUCGCUGUGGCACGCACAGCUGAUGUCGUCAUCAUGAUGCUGGACGCCACCAAGGGAGAGGUGCAGAGGUCUCUGCUGGAGAAGGAGCUGGAGUCGGUGGGCAUCCGCCUCAACAAGCACAAGCCCAACAUCUACUUCAAGCCCAAGAAAGGCGGUGGCAUCUCCUUUAACUCGACAGUCACGCUGACCCAGUGCUCAGAAAAGCUGGUGCAACUGAUCCUGCACGAGUACAAGAUCUUCAAUGCAGAGGUGCUCUUCCGGGAGGACUGUUCCCCAGAUGAGUUCAUCGACGUGAUCGUGGGCAACCGAGUGUACAUGCCCUGCUUGUAUGUUUAUAACAAAAUUGACCAGAUCUCGAUGGAGGAAGUAGACCGCCUGGCCCGGAAACCCAACAGUGUGGUCAUCAGCUGUGGCAUGAAGCUAAACCUGGACUACUUGCUUGAAAUGCUUUGGGAGUACUUGGCCCUGACCUGCAUCUACACCAAGAAGAGAGGACAGAGGCCAGACUUCACAGAUGCCAUAAUCCUCCGGAAAGGGGCCUCCGUGGAGCAUGUGUGCCACCGCAUCCACCGGUCGCUCGCCAGCCAGUUCAAGUACGCACUGGUGUGGGGCACCAGCACCAAGUACAGCCCUCAGCGGGUGGGCCUGACCCACACCAUGGAGCACGAGGACGUCAUCCAGAUCGUUAAGAAGUAGUGGCCUGGGCCCGGCCACCACCCACCCACCCUGUCUCCAUGCGGAGUUGAAGCCAGUGGGACACACUAAAGCCCAAACGGGAAAAAUACAAAUACACGUACUCCAGGAAGGGGUCUCUCAAGUCUGCUUUUUCCAGAAGUUUCUUCAGUAGGCAAAUGAUGAAGAGUUUAUAGGACAGAGGGACACGGUUGGGGGAUUUGGGCUGUGCUGAGAGCAUUUCCCAUGAGACUGGAACCCGGGGCCUGUACCCUACCUCCAACCCCCUUCGGGCAUUGAGGGAGCAAGUUGCCCCCUUCCUCCCCAGCCAGGCCCAGGUGCAGUUGGCUUGCUUGGUGCUGUGGUGGGGAGCUGGGCCAGCUGGCGUCCCUGGGGGUGGUAGUUAACUGCUGGGGCAUGUUGGCUCAGUUCCUGCAGCUUCUAGGUACUCAGGGGCCUCCCGGAACAAAAACCCCUACCCCCCUCCCUGCCCAGGGCUGCCUGUAGUGGCCCAGCUCAUGCCCUCCACAGCCUGACGGGUCCUGGAGUGCCACCCCUCCCAGGGCAGCCCCUGCCCAGCUUACAGCCCCCCCCCCCCAGGGCCCUGUGCAGACUCUGGGGUCGGGACUUUGGAGUUUGGGUUCUAUAUUUUCUCUUUAAGUCCCCCAUCUCAGCUCUCUCUGAAAUAAAGAAUGAAAACAA